AUGACACCACUCCUAUGUCACAAUGAAGAAAGCUUGGCAUUGUUGCAAUUCCACCGAAGCUUUGUCAUCGACCAGUCGGCUUCGUCUGAUCCCUAUGCUUAUCCAAAGACGAUAUCAUGGAAUCAACAAGGAGAGAAUCCAGACUGCUGCUUGUGGGAUGGUGUGGUGUGUGAUCAACACACAGGCCACGUCAUUAGCCUUGACCUUAGUAGCAGCUGCCUCUAUGGUUCUAUCAAUUCCAACAGUAGCCUCUUCAAUCUACGCCACCUUCAAAGCCUUGACCUUGCCGACAAUCACUUCAACUCCUCCCAAAUCCCUUCCGGGUUUGGCAGUUUUCCAAGGCUAGCUUAUCUCAAUCUCUCCUCCUCUAGAUUCUAUGGUAGAAUUCCAUUAGCAAUAGGAGGGUUGAGUAGAUUGAGAUCUCUUGAUUUGACAGGAGAUUUAGAUGCAUCCAACGCAAGAUUGUUGAAGCUCACAAGUCCUGACCUGAUGUGGUUAGUUCAAAAUUUAACUCACAUUGAGAAAUUGCAUCUUGACAAUGUAGAAUUAUCUGCUGCAAUACCUGAAAUGGCUGCAAAUUUGUCUUCAUUAUCAUCUCUUAGUCUCUAUAAUUGUGGCCUGCUUGGGAAAUUUCCAAUGGGAAUUUUUGAACUACAAAACCUGCAGUUUCUCAAUGUGGGGGUAAAUGAAGAACUUGUUGGUCAUCUGCCUGAAUUUCACUGGGGCUCUCCUCUUGAGUUUUUAUUGCUUCAACACACAAAAUUCACAGGUGAACUUCCUCCUUCAAUAGGAAAUCUUCAUUCCUUGACUGCUUUGGAUAUUAUUUAUUGCAACUUUUGGGGUCCAAUCCCAUCUUCCCUUGGUAAUCUUAGCAAGAUCACCCUCCUUGGACUCAGAGACAAUAACUUCUUCGGCCAAAUCCCUUCUUCAUUGGCAAACCUUACAAAGCUUACGUCUUUCACAAUUUCAGGCAAUGAUCAUUUUAGUUGUGAGUCCUUGUCGUGGCUUGAAAAUCAAACCAAAUUCCUUGAGUUGGUCCUUAAGAAAUGCAAUAUAAGUGGUGAAAUCCCUCAAUUUCUCAAAAACUUCACUCAACUCAAUCAGUUACAACUCACGCGUAACUAUUUAAGAGGUCAAAUUCCACAUUGGCUAACAAACCUUACUCGGUUAGCCAACUUAGCCCUUGAUUAUAAUGAAUUCCACGGUCCUUUUCCUCAUCAAAUUUUAGAACUUGUGAAUCUUGAAGUGAUUGAUUUGACCGGAAACCACUUGAGCGGCAUUGUUAAUCUAAACUCAUUUUUCAAUCUCCAACACAUGAAAGCGUUUAGUAUAUCAGAGAAUGAUUUUACAUUGCUCCAUGUGACCAAUGCAAACGCUACUCUUCGAAAGUGGAGCGGGCUUGGACUUGGCUCAUGCAACUUGAGGGAGUUCCCCGACUUCCUUAGGUACCAAGAUGAACUGCAAGGCUUGAAUCUCGCCGGAAAUAAAAUCUACGGCCAGAUUCCGAGUUGGUUAUGGAACAUAAGUAAAGAAACUUUGGAGAUUAUGGACCUUGAUUUCAAUUUUUUGACCGGAAUUGAGCAACCUGCAUUGAUCUCGCGUCUUCCUAAACUAAAAGUCCUAUGGCUACGUGGUAACAAGAUCCAAGGUCCAGUCCCCAUACCACCACCUUCCAUUGUUGACUAUACCCUCUCAAACAACAGUUUCAAAGGAGAAAUUUCUUCAACAUUCUGCAAUCUACCUUACCUGUAUGCCCUUGAUUUGUCAUUCAACAACUUGAGUGGCAUGCUUCCGCAAUGUUUGUUCGACAAGGAGAGCAAUUUGAACAUUUUAAAUCUCGAACAAAACUUGUUCCGUGGAACCAUUCCUGAAACAUUAACGAAUGGAAGUAAGUUGAGGAUGAUCAAUUUAGGGCAUAAUGCAUUGGAAGGAACAUUACCAAGGUCAUUAGCUAAUCAUACAAUGUUAGAGCUUCUACAUCUUGGUGACAAUCAGAUUAGUGACACAUUCCCCUUUUGGUUGGGAGCUUUGCCUGAUCUGCAAGUCCUCAUUUUGAGAUCCAACAAACUUUUUGGUGCAGUUGGAAGCCCUGCAAUAGGUUUUGAAUUCUCAACGUUGCGAAUCAUUGACAUCUCCUACAAUGGUUUCACCGGCAUUCUACCAUCAAAGUACUUUCAAAAGUGGAACGGCAUGAGAAAUUUUGAGAUGGAUCAAUUUUCGUAUAUGGCACAAAAUACGACCACUUUGGUUAGCGGAGGUGUCAACAUGGAUUCUAGUUUCGUGCUCCGACAAGUUUACAAUUAUCAAUUAACUUUGGUUAACAAAGGUGUCAACAUGGAUUAUCAGAAGAUACCAAAAGUCCUUGCAGCUAUCGAUCUUUCAAGCAACAAAUUUGAAGGGGAGAUCCCGAAAUCCAUUACAACUUUGAAGAAUCUCAUUUUCCUUAACCUCUCCAACAACCGUCUCUCAGGCCACAUCCCAUUGGGUAUAGAAAACCUCACAGUGCUCGAAUCGUUGGAUUUUUCGAGCAACAUGCUUUCAGGAAAUAUUCCACGAGAGCUCACGCAGCUGACAUUCCUUUCAUUCUUUAAUGUCUCCUGUAAUCAGCUCAUAGGUCCUAUACCACAAGGAAAACAAUUUGCUACAUUUGAGAACAAUUCGUACAAGGACAACUUGGGAUUGUGUGGGAAGCCAUUGUCUAAGUUGUGCGGAAAUGCAGGGGAAUCGCCUCCAUCGCCUUCGACUGGUGAAGAUGAUCAGGGCUCGGGUGGUUUUUCAGCAUAUGUUUUGUGGAUGGUGGUUGCGAUAGGAUAUGCAAGUGGACUGGCUGUUGGAGUUGUUGCCGGACUGAGAUUCACCGCAUCCAAACAUGAAUGGUUUGUGGAAACCUUUGGCAGGAGGCAACAAAACAGGAGAAGGAUUAGAAGAAGGGGACAGAGAGUUUGA